GCUCUUGCAUUCGCACCACUACCGUCUACCAAACCACACUUUAACCAACCAACCAUGUCGAGCACCACCACUCCCGCUGCUUUCGACAACAGCUCCGUCUCCUGUUCAUCGAGCGAGCAAACAACUUCCACUCUCACUCUCCGGGAGCGCCGGGGCUUCAAUCUCUAUUUAUCAUUUGCCCCCGCGUUCCCCAAGAUCGAGCCAAAAGGCCAGCUUGGACCCACCCACGCCAACCUCCCUCGCCGUCGCAAGCGGAGCAGCGUUGUCUCAGUCGAGGCGUCCUCAUCAAGGGCGGCUGCUCCCGCUGCUGAAAUCACAGCAUACUUCUCGUAG